AUGUAUAAUCGUCGGAAUAUUAUUCGAUGGUCACUUGUCAUUAUAUUAAUCGUACUAGUUUUUUGGCAAGUAUGGUUGAUAGUUAUAACAGUCUAUAAUCUUCUACUCGGUAUAUCUGAUAAUACAUCAUUUCAUCCGAUGAACUUAUCACAUCCGAAAAUACCACCAAUUAUUCAUCAAAUAUGGAGAACGACGAAUCUAUCGAGUUAUCCAAUAAGUGCAUCAUAUGUCAAAUGGCAAAAGAUGUAUCCAGAUUAUACAGUUCGUUUAUGGACAGAUGUUGAUCUUGUUCAAUUAAUUUCAUCAAAAGAAUAUUCUUAUUUAUUAGAAACAUAUCGAUCAUAUCCAUUCGAUAUUCAACGUGCUGAUUUAGCUCGAUUAAUUGUUCUUCAUUAUCAAGGAGGAAUCUAUGCUGAUCUAGAUGUAUUUCCUCGUAAUCGGUCAAUUGAAAAACUUCGAUCAUCGGGUGCUUCUUUUAUCGUUCCUCGAUCAUCAUCAGAUUCUACUGUAAUCAAUCAUAUUCUUAUUAGUGAACAACAUUCGAAGAUUGUCGAUUAUCUUCUGCAUAAUGUUUCUCCUAUCUUAUUUUAUCAACGUAUCUUUCUCAUUCCUUAUCUACAAGUCUUUUCCACAGGUUCAGUCUUUUUGACUCGAACUCUUGAACAAUGGAUGAAAUCUUCACUGUAUCAAAACAAUUUAUUGUGGAUUCUAUCAUCGAAACAAGUGUCUUCGUAUGUUGGUCAUAAUGCUGGUCGAUCUUGGCAUUCAUUUGAUGGAUAUCUUUUUAACUUUAUUAAUGAUCUACCGGAGAUUUCGUAG